CGCUUUUCGCUGCACGGCGAACGUGAUUGCACUUUUCACACAGUCGCCGGCAAGUCGGCUCUUUGGACAGUUGCUUGCUUCAUGCCGAAAUCUCAUUAGGCUAUUUCCGCACGUGUUCUCUUGUUUCUUCCGGCAACAAGUGAUUGCUGCCGUUUCAACUUUUGACAGUUGACCAGUCGCAUCGCGGGUUGAUUACUGAAUCAUUUUGAUUCAUUUUUUAAUGUAAAUAAGUUGUUUUCAUUUUUGUUUCACGUUUUUUGGUGUGUGAAUAAGGACUGUAAAGCAUCAGCUGAAAACAUGACCAAUGUCAACAAAAUCAGGGUGGUGGUGCUGGGAAGCUCCAGGGUUGGAAAGUCAGUCCAUAUGAGUUCCGAAUCUGAAAGUGAAGAUCCGUUUGCCGGGUAUGAUAGUGAUAAGGAUAAGGAAUAUUUUCCAUCAGAGAGCGACAGGAGGGAGCUUAACUCUUUUAAGUUACGGAAAUUUGUGAAAUUAUAA